AUGCCCGUCAUCACCACAAAGGAGUCUGCUUCGGCCGUCGCCGCGGCCCUCGUGGCCGAGGCCAGCGAGACCAAGCCGGCUUUCCUCGUCGUCUACGCGUCGCACCGCAACGGAAAGUCUUGGUGCGGCGACUGUACCGCCGCGGAGCCGUACAUUGAGAAGAAGUUUGGCGGCGGCGAAGAGACCGUCCGGGUUGUUUACGCGGGGCUGCCCGAUGAAUGGAGAACGAAGGAGAACCCGUGGAGACAGGCGCCGUUCAGCGUGACCAACCUGCCUACUCUCAUCAAGGUCUCAGGAGAAAAGAAGUGGGAGAAGCUGGUCGAGGCGGACGUCUACGACCAGAAAAAGCUUGACGCCUUUGUCGGCAGCGGCAGCAGUCGGUUGUAA